AUGGAGCUCCUAUGUAACCCACGUAUCUGUGACUUUUUGACACUUUUGUUUAGCAGCGAAAAGAUCUGCAAUGAAUGUUGUUUACCCAGCAGGUGGAUAUGACGUCACGGGCGUAGAACAUCAAAAAAUAACAACAUCCAAAUCCGCGAUUCUCUCUCUUUUUUGUGUGUGUGCAAGGCGCAAUAAACUGUAAUAACAUCCGAAGCAGCUCCGUGUAGAAAGGCGGCGUGAAACUGGCUCGAAACGGCGGCGUCGCUCCCAGUACAGUGUUUGCAGCUGAAGUUAGUACCGCUGGCGGAGUGAUAUAUUUGUUGGUUAUUUACAGUGCGUUUUAUAGCACGCGCUCAUGGUAUACAAGAUCGCGUGAAGACUUGAAAUUGUUAUCGUGCACAAAUUUCCGCGUCUAUCUCGUCCCUGUCAAACCUCGACACCUCAACGAGACUAUAGGAAUUUAAGUGCACAGUCUUGAAGAUCACCUGUCAAUUACUUAAACGCAAAAUCGUGGCAAAACUCUUACAGCGUGCGCCCUGGCUUAAGUGAACUGUGUCCUCUGCAUCUCCCUAACGCGCUACAGCUGCAAUCGAUGCUGCCCGGGCCGACAGCAGGAGCAGGACAAUGUGGAGAUGAUUUUCUGCUGCCAAGACUUAAAUUGAGCUGGCUGCACCGUAUCCAAUGGUUCCGCCCCUUUGUUCCCUUUUCUGAAUUCUGAUUGGAACAAUGGAAUGUCAAUCUCAUCCAAACAAGUGACUGUGUCUUUCUACCUGCUGUCUGUUCUGCAGGCAGGAGUGUGCAGUGGUCCAGCCCUGUGGAUGCUGAACGGGCAGGGAGGUUAAACGCAGCGCUGGAACUGAAGACGGCCGCAAAUAAGCAAGUCCUUGGAGAAGGUUUUUAAGUCAUGAUGCAAGAGUCGGGGACAGAGGCGACAAACGGAACAGCCAAUCAGAACGGCGCCCCACCUUGUGUGGAGGGACACAGAGAAGUUCGAUCCAAGAGCGCCACACCUUCCUCUGACAUCACAGCAUCUGACCUCGUGAACUUCCAGCAACAGCAGGCCUUACAAGUUGCACGGCAGAUCCUUCUCCAACAGCAACAGCAAAGCAGUGCCCUCAAGUCCCCUAAAAAUAAUGACAAGCAGCCUGCACCACAGGUCCCAGUUUCUGUUGCUAUGAUGACACCACAGGUCAUAACUCCUCAGCAGAUGCAGCAAAUCCUCCAACACCAAGUUCUGAGCCCCCAGCAGCUCCAGCUGUUACUGCAACAACAACAAGCACUGAUGUUACAGCAGCAGCAACUCCAGGAGUUCUACAAGAAACAGCAAGAACAACUCCACCUUCAGCUCAUCCAGCAGCAGCAUGGCAGCAAACAGCAGAGUAAAGAGGUGUCUGCACAGCAGUUGGCGUUCCAACAGCAGCUGCUCCAGGUUCAGCAGCUCCAGCAGCAGCAUCUCCUGAGCCUGCAGAGACAAGGGCUGCUGUCCAUUCAGCCUAACCAGACUCUGCCCCUGCACUCCCUCACUCAGGGCAUGAUUCCAGCCGAACUGCAGCAGCUGUGGAAGGAGGUGACAAACAGCCAUGUGAAGGAGGAGAACAGCGCAACCAAUAACGGUCACCGGGGUCUGGACCUGUCGUCCCCCUCCCCCGUUCCCCUCAAGAAUCACAACCAGCAUGGAUCCACCAACGGCCAGUACAUCAGCCACUCGCUCAAGAGAGAGGGAUCAGCAUUGGAUGAUCAUUCCCCUCAUAGUCACCCUCUCUACGGUCACGGCGUCUGUAAAUGGCCAGGAUGUGAAGCUGUGUUUGAUGACUUUCAGUCAUUCCUGAAACAUCUGAAUAAUGAACAUGCCUUGGAUGACAGGAGCACGGCGCAGUGCAGGGUACAGAUGCAAGUAGUUCAACAGCUGGAACUGCAGUUAGCGAAAGACAAAGAGCGUCUCCAAGCCAUGAUGACUCAUCUUCAUGUGAAGUCUACAGAGCCCAAACCCACCCCACAGCCACUGAACCUGGUCUCCAACGUAACUUUGUCCAAGACGGCUCCCGAGGCCUCGCCACCCCUCAGCUUACCCCAGACGCCCACCACCCCGACUGCCCCCCUCACGCCACUCUCACAAACCCACUCCGUUAUCACCCCCACCAGCCUGCACAGUGUCGGUCCCAUGCGCAGACGCUACUCGGACAAGUACAACAUGCCCAUAUCUCCAGAUAUUGGCCAGAACAAAGAGUUCUACAUGAAUGCUGAAGUACGACCUCCUUUCACAUAUGCUUCGUUAAUACGACAGGCAAUUCUAGAGUCGCCGGAAAAACAGCUAACACUAAACGAGAUCUACAACUGGUUCACGCGAAUGUUUGCAUAUUUCAGACGCAAUGCAGCAACGUGGAAGAAUGCAGUGCGGCAUAACCUUAGUCUUCACAAGUGUUUUGUGCGGGUAGAGAACGUUAAAGGGGCGGUAUGGACCGUCGACGAGCUAGAGUUCCAAAAGAGAAGGCCGCAAAAGAUCAGUGGAAGUCCAGCUCUGGUAAAAAACAUCCAUACCACUUUGGGAUAUGGUCCCGCCCUUUCUGCAGCCUUCCAGGCUUCAAUGGCAGAGAACAACAUACCUCUAUACACUACCGCUUCCAUCGGAAGUCCCACUCUUAACUCGCUUGCCAGCGCCAUCCGAGAGGAAAUGAAUGGGGCCAUGGACCACGGGAACAGCAACGGUAGUGACAGCAGCCCUGGACGCUCGCCCCUGCCAGCUAUGCAUCAUAUCAGCGUAAAAGAGGAACCACUGGACCCAGAGGAGCACGAAGGCCCCCUUUCCCUCGUGACGACAGCCAAUCACAGUCCAGACUUUGACCACAACAGAGAUUACGAGGACGACCACGGGAACGAGGACAUGCUGUAAGCCUGGUUUCACCCAGGUCCUCUGCCGAAGAGGCCAUACUAACUGCGGUCACCUGCGAGACCACUCCAGAUAUAGCAAGCCCAAGACUGGAUUCUCAAUCCUCUUGUUGACAGCUAUUAAAAUGUUCCGAUUUACUCUUAGUGCCAUUAAAUACAAAAACGAAAUACGAGAUAAGAAAAUCUAUUCCAUUUGGAAGUAUUUUUGAUUUGUUUCUACUUUUCGUUUAAAAGACGAGAUGCGUAAAUUUCUACUCAUCGCCUGAUGAAGAGACAUUUGGUACUGGGGCCUGCUUCUACUUCGUUGAGUCACUGAGACCAGAGCGGACAUGAAAACACAGCUGAGAAAGACUCCUUUGCAAAUAAACACUGAUCACAAACUCUCUCAAACACACACACACACACAAAUCAUUAGCGCUUCAAUGAGCGUGCCACUCACAGUGUGCGUGUACGUAUGUGACUUUAAUUCAUUGCCUCUGCCAUCAGAUCUUCUUAAAGGACGGUUCACCCAAGAAAUAAAAUUCUGUCAUUUACUCACCCUCAUGUCAUUCCAAACCCAUAUGACUUCAUUUCUUCCGUGAAACACAAAAUGAUUUGUUUUGAAGAGAUUGCUCUUUCAUAUAAUGAAAGGGAAUGCUCUCCCUGAGAAUUCAUAUGAGAAGUAGCAGCGUCUGAAUUGUGAGUGAGUCGGAUCUUUUCAAUGAAUUGGUUCACAAAUCACUGAUUCUCAUGUUGAACUCAAUGGAAGGGAAGAUUUUCAGUAAAUAGCAGCUUUAAUUUUGGUUCGUUUCUUAUCCAAAUCUAUCUACAACAUACUCAUAAAGUGAGUAAUAGGGUGCUUUUGUGUCCUUUUUGAAGCUUGAAAGCUCUACUCUCCAUUAAUUGUAAUUGCAUGAUAAAAAGCAGUGAGUACAGAGGUAACGGUUUUAGAGGUAGGUUUUUAUGGAUAAAAAGAGAGUCGUACGGCUUUGGAACAACAUGACGAUGAAAAAAUGACAGAAUUUUCAUUUUUUAAGUGCACUAUUCCUUUAAGUUUGCUGUCAUCACAGCUGGAGCAUAUCUGUCUGGUGUUUUGAGGGUUCCUGGGCAAAUAAUUUAAAUGUAGUGUCCUCUCAUUACUCUGUGCUGUUAGCUAUAUAUCUUUUUUGUUGGGUUUGUUUGUUUUGGUAACUGAUCAGACCUCAUGAAUAAUGACGUGGAGUUAUGGUGUGCUUAGCACUGGAUGAAUGUUAAGACUUCUUAUGCUCUCUUUUUUCCCUCUUCCUUUCCUUUCAAAAUUGAAACAGAAUGUCGCAUUACCGUGUAGUAUUUUUCUGUCAUUUGUUCCCAGCGUUUCGGAUCGCCACUUUGCAGUCACAUUGCCCUUGCGUGCCGACACACACGCACGCACACACACACACACACACUCUCUCAUGCUCUUUCCCGCUCAUGAAGUCCAUCUGCAAAUGCACUACUCGUAAUGAAGGCUCCCUCUCCACGCACCAAUGAAGUUUAAUUUUCACGUGGAAUGAAUGACAGAGAAAUCAACGCAGGUUAACGUUUAUCGCUCUGAAAUUAUACUUUCAAAAAUCCCCUUUUGUGGUGAUGCAUGUUAGCGUCAACCAAAUCGCUGAUCGAAACCAUCAUUUGUAUUGCAAAAUGAAAUGUCAAAAAAUGUUGAAAUAAGCAGCAGGGAGAGAAUUGUUAGACAAAAGCUAAUUGUAUUGUCGGGAUAUAUGAACCUUUUUUUGGGGGACUCGCUUCUGUCAUUUCAAAGACUGUCUGGAUGACUUUAAACUGCAUUCGGUAUCUGUUUCACCACAUCAAUGACCGGCUCAGCCUCUGUUAUUAGACAUGAUAAUAAUUACACAUGGGAUUAAAUGUUAAAGGGAUUACAAACCGAGGCUGACGGCACAGCCAUGACCACUGAGCAUUACGGCACUGGGGCGGCCCACUAUGACCAUUCGCAUCUUGCCACAUCACUUUGGAAAUGAUUGUUUCCGACUGGCUAUUGCCAGUUGAACCCGGGAAGCAACUCCAAAUUGGAAGCUGCUACCGCCGGCUAGUUUAGAUUCAAAUUUUGGGACUGCGCAAGGAUGAGAACAGAUUUUAGAUUAGGCUUCUACAAAUCGUACACGAUUGCAUUUUGUUUGGUUUUUGUAAUGACUGCAACCAACCACUUUCUGUGUUCUUAUUUAUUACUUCCAUUUUUGAUGUCAUUUUGUUUUUACUUAAGUUGAUGUUUAUGUCUCUUAUCUGUGACUACCAAAGAUACAAGAUACUACAAGUUGAUAUAUUCUAUGUUCCAUGCAAUAGCUAAACAAAAGGCCAAAUAUCCUUAUAGUGUUCCCCGCACUGGCCGGACGCAAAAAUUAUGAAAUGUCUGAAACUGUGUCGGGCUUAUUAUGGUGGAGGAAAAAAAAAAAAAAAAAAGCCAAAGGGGUUGUUCGAUGGGCAGCUGUAUGUCUUUGCCUGUGACCAAAAUAGGAGAGGAGAGGCAGAGAUCGAGACCAACACACGACCAAAUCAAAGCAAUGUUGUCUUUGGGCCAAUGAAAAGGAAAAAAGGGAGUGUUCUAUCAGGAAAUGAUGGCUAUAAAGGAGAAGGAUAUGGAUGAAAGAGUUUAGGACUGUUCAUUGUCGUCACAGGAAAUUUAAAUCCAUUUGCAUAACACAAUGUGAACUGAACUUCAACUGGACCACACGAUGAUGAGAGUUUCAUUUGUUCUCAUAUUUUAGGGUUUUUUUGCUUUUUUUUUUUUUUUUUUUUUUUAAGAUUGUAUGCCACUUACCUUGUAAAUUCGAAAUGGGAUUCCCGAUGUCCUUUUGUUAACCUUGGCAAUGCUCUAUGAUUGUGUUUUAGUGUCUGUCAACUUAUUACUUUUUUAUAUUAAAAAACACUCCUGUCAACCAAUAAGCUGGGUACAAGGUACUUUAAUGGCAGUUACUACUAUUUGUAAAUUUAUCCAAGCAUUUCUUAUUGAUGGGGUUCACUUAUAUGAAUCAAGCAUCCGGGCAGCUGAGGGUCACCCGCAAGGGACAGUUAGUAGGAUUCGGGGCUCAUCUGAAGGCUGUUUCUGAUUGUUAUUCUUGAGCAGGUAGAUGAGAGCAUUCACCGCAUGUGUAGCUCAGCAUUACUGAAGAAAUACAGCAUGAGAAACUGUUAGUAUGCAUACCUCAGUUCAAACCUAUAGGGAAUGAGUAACUAAGAAAAAGAUGUAACAUUUCACUCAGUUGCACUUAGUCGUAUGUCUUGCAUGUUUAGUCUAAAACUGUAGCAAACUAUUUUAAGAAAAAGAUUUUUAAAAAUAUAUAAAAAUCAGAGUUUGUUUAUCAUGAGGGUCUCUUUUUUUUUUUUCUCUCUCUCUCUUUUAAACCAAUCCAAACCUCAGGCUUUUUUUAUCGUUAAGUAACGCCAUUCGGCUUUCUCUUCUUCAAUUUAUUUUGCUUCUCACAUGCGGUAAACUGUUUCCUGUCUCUGCUCUUUUAGCUCAUGUUGAAGUAGGUUGUACAUACACCACAUUAUAGCUUGUGUGUCCUCUCAUUUUCUCCUGAUUCUUUUUAAAGAACAAAAAAAUACUGUUUGUAUCACCAUGUUUGCUUUAUCACAACUGCUUUGUAUUUACUAUUAAAAAAGACGGAAAAACACAAAGAAA